AUGGUGCAAAAGCUCAGAAUCGCCGCCGCCGGCCUCGGCCGCAUGGGCAAGCGUCACGCCAUCAACUUCUUGCACCGCACUCCUCGGGCACAGCUCGUGGCCGCCUUCACGCCCGACCAGAACGAGCUCGCGUGGGCAAGACAGGAGCUCGAGCCCCACGGCGUCAAGCUGUACACCGACUACGACGAGAUGCUCACGCACGAGGGCCUCCAGGCCGUCGUCAUCGCCACCGUCACCAAGGUCCAUGCCGAGGAGGCCAUCAAAGCCAUCAACAAGGACCUCCACGUUCUUUGCGAGAAGCCCAUCUCUCUCGACCUUGCCAAGUCUAUGGAGGUCAUCACCGCCGCCCAACACAAGCCUCACCUCAAGGUCAUGUGCGGGUUCUCUCGGCGCUUCGACGCCUCUUACCGCGAUGCGUUCGAGAAGAUUGAGAGUGGCUUGAUUGGCAGACCCUCCAUCAUCAGGUCUCAGACAUGUGACAAGCACGACCCCAGCGGGUUCUUUGUCAAGUACGCCGCCCUCAACGGAGGAUGCUUCGUCGACAUGAGUGUCCACGACAUUGACCUCUCCUUGUGGUUCUUCGGUGAGGACUCGCAGGUCAAGUCCGUCUCCGCCUCGGGCAUCACCGCCGUUUCCCCCGAGCUGAAGGAGCACGGCGACUGCGACAACGCCGUCGGCAUCGUCGAGUUCUGGGGCGGCAAGAUCGCCUACUUCUACAACUCGCGCAUGAUGGCUCACGGCCAGGAGGACACCACCGAGCUCAUCGGCACCGGCGGCAAGCUCACCGUCAACGGCAACCCCCAGGCCAACUUCGUCAACUACUAUGGGCCCCAGGGCAUCACGAGGGAGGUGCCGGCCCACUACUACGGCCGCUUCGAGUACGCCUUCGUCCAGGAGGCCAACGAGUUCACCGCCGCCGCGCUCGACAACACCAGGCUACCGCUGAAGCUCACCAACGCCGUCAAGGCCGUGCAGAUCGGGUCCUACCUGCAGGAGGCUCUGGAGACAGGGAAGAAGCUGUACUUUGACGAGAUCGGCCGCCGCGUGGACAAGCAGGCGAAGCUGUAG